GAGAGGAAUAUACUUUGGUUUUGUUGCAUUACACUCUUCCAGACUUGGUUUACUAACUGGUUGAAGGUUGGAGAAAGGUCGCAAUAAAAUAUGGGCUGGCUUGCUAACGUUCCAGGCAGGGUUUUGUUUUGUUCUUUUUCCUGACAGCUGAGUUUACGCAGUGCCAUGAGAUGGGGGGUGUUUCGCAGAGUUGUUUUGAAAGCCGGGCUAUUUGUGUUCGUUUGCAAACUUAAACCACCACAACAAAAAUCUCCGCUUUUCAGCCUCGAUGAAGCCAAGCAGCUGUGGCGGACAUUUCGGCCUCUGAUUUCUCCCCCUGGUUAAAAGGAUGAAACCAUGGGCCUGAGCUUCUCCUGUCUGAAAGGCUUCAAAAUGUGCGUGAGUGGUGGCGGCGUCAGCAGCAGCGAGGUGGCUGUCAUGGCUGAGAAAAGGCUAAGAGUCCCAGAUAUCAUUAUCACCCCUCCAACCCCCACGGGGAAGGCACUCUUGAGAGACCCCAGUCUGGGUGGUGACGAACCACAGGACAACUGCUGAGGCAGAUGGUGGCGAUGCAGCAGCCUCCCCACUCCAGGCCAAAGAGAACAGGUGCUCGGUGGCAUUGUUAGAGGAUGUAGCACCCGGACAGCUUGCUCAGGAGCUCCCCCGGGCUCCUGAGUUUCCCGAACUCCUCCUUCCUUUUCUUCUCCCGGCCAGGUUGAUUAAAAAUGGACAGACAGCUCCACACAUACCUCACUCACGCUUGAGACCGUGGCACUGCUGCAAACGGGAAACAGGCAAAGGGACGUUCAAGGAAUCCGCCAAGCCAGUAUCUGCUUGGAGGAAGACCUGUGGAGAUGGAUGGGC